AUGAGUCACGUCGACGAAAGCUUCUCCAAAUUCUGCGAAGACGUGCUGUCCCUGCCUCAUAUCGGUUCUCCGAGCCCCCCGUCUAGUAAUGCUGUUCCUUUUGAUCCUCUGCUAGGAUUAGCCUCGUCCAGCCAGAAAAGGAAAUACCAGCGACUGGACACUCAUGCCGUGAGGAUCUUAAAUUCAUGGCUGUAUCAGCACCAGGAAUAUCCCUAUCCAACUGACGAGGAAAAGGAUGAACUGGCGGAACAAACUGGACUCAGCAAGACACAAAUCGCCAAUUGGUUCACCAACGCGCGACGACGCAGACUGAUCGGAUCACUCCAAACCCCAUCAACAGACCAGGUCAACAGCGCUUUCCUAUCACCGCUCGAACGAUGGAAACACUCGCCGCCCGAGACCGAAGCAGCUGCUACGUCAGACAUCAUGCGCGCGCUGGCAGACACGCCAUAUUCAUCCGAUCAAAGCUCGACUCAGGGUGGUGUACCUCUAGACGGCGGGUCGAGUAACAGUUCAAACAGUUCGUUCUUAUUCGGGGCGCCUUCCAUCGAACACAGCCAGUCGUCGGGCUCCGACAUAUCAUAUCAACAUUCUCACACCUCGACUCCCUUUCAGCGCCCACCGACGCCUCUUCCCAGCAUGAGAACCCGGCGUCGUCGCCGCAAACCCCCUCGCCCGAUGGAGUCGAUAAAGCACCGCAAAGAGCACGGAACACGCCCCUAUCAAUGCACAUUCUGCUCCGAUGCAUUCCGCAACAAAUACGACUGGCAACGACAUGAAAAGGCCCUGCAUAUACCCGUCGAUCGAUGGCUCUGCGCUCCCGACGGUGGGAUCAUCGAAGCGAACGGGGAGAACACAUGCGCCUUCUGCCGCGAGGUAAUCACCGAUCCGGAGCACCUCGAAACGCACAACUAUCUCGCCUGUCGAACAAAGCCACCUGAGAAACGAACGUUCCUCCGCAAAGACCACCUUCGACAACAUCUCCGACUGACACAUGACGUCGACUAUCACGUCUCCAUGGAUAACUGGCGGGACUCAACAACGCGAUUGAUCUCCCGCUGCGGAUUCUGCGCCACGACGUUCGAAACCUGGGAAGAAAGAGUCGAGCACAUAGCCGACCACUUCAAACGAGGCGCGGACAUGAACCAAUGGAAAGGCGAGUGGGGGUUCGAGCCGGAUGUGCAGCGUCUCGUGGAGAACGCGAUGCCGCCGUAUCUGAUCGGUCAGGAGCGACGCACAAUGGAUCCGUGGAAGACCAGCAGCGCGUUGAGAACGCUCGAAGACGAACCGUCCGUUCUUGCCAACGAAGCACCAAAUGCUCUGAGUCGGUACACGGGGCUCCGGCAAGCACUUCAUGAGUAUCUCCGUGAGCAGAUGGCCGCUGGGGUUCAUCCUUCUGACCAGAUGGUCCAGGACCAGGCUCGUCUGAUUGCGUACGGCGAUGACGAUCCCUGGAAUCAGACCUAUGCUGAUGAUCCGGCCUGGAUCGAGGCGCUUCGGAGGGAGAUGCGCCUGGCGCCCCUGAAUUCCCCGAGAUGCCCGGAAUUGGACUUCGGUGGGAUGCCAUAGAUCCAACACUCCAUGGAUUAUGACAGGCGUUCUGUUUUGACGAGACAAGCAUUCCCCAAGCCAAAAUUGGACAAGUUCAGGAAAUAAUGCAUGAAUGACUUUUUUCUUCCAACAAACAGCAUGAAAUUGUAUAGCCGU